AUGAAUAUAAAGAAAAUAUUCAUAAAAUUUUUUUUUAUGGUAACAGUAGUUUUUUCGCAUUUUAUAACUAAAAAUAUAUGUUAUUCAAAUAAAAAAAAAUAUAUUUUUUUUCUAAAUAGAACAAAUGCUCAUAAUAAUAGUAUAGUGUACACUUUAAAAAAUACACAUUGGAAAAAUAAUAUAAGGAGGGUUAAACAUUUCAAUAAGCUCUUCUUUGAAAAAAAAUUAUUUUACAUCAACAAAAGUGUAGAACGAAUAUUCUUUGCAAAUAACAUUUUUAGAAUGGAUAUGCAUCAGCCUUUUGUGAUUUUCAUGCUUGGGGGCCCUGGUAGUGGGAAAGGAACACAAUGCAAACUAAUUCAAGAAAACUUCAAUUUUAUUCACAUCAGUGCAGGUGAUUGCCUACGAGAAUAUUUAAUAAAAUGCGAAAAAAAUGAAACAGAUUCAAAAUACAAAGAAAUUGUAGAAGAUUCUAUAAAGAAUGGAAAAAUUGCACCUGCAGAAAUAACUAUAGAACUAAUGAAACAUAAAAUGAAAGACGAAAUUAAUAGAAUGAAAAAAAAUGAAGAAAAAUGUGAUAAUGAAGAUGUAGAAAAAUUAAAUAGUUUUUCAUUUAAUUUAUUAGAUGAAAAAAUAAAUUUAGAAAAUACUAAUAUUGAUGAAAAUAGUGAUAAUUUAAAAUAUGAAAAUAAUAUAUAUGAAAAUAAUUAUGUAUUGGAUAUAUUAAAAAAAAAUAAAACACUAAAAAAAGCAAAAUAUAAAUUUAUAAUUGAUGGAUUUCCAAGAAAUUACAAUAACCUUGAUGGAUGGAUAAAUAUUAUUAAGAAUUAUGCAUAUGUUCAUUUAUGUAUAUUUCUUUAUUGUGAUGAAGAACAUAUGAUUAAAAGGUGUAUAAACCGUGGACUAAUUAGCGGACGAGUAGACGACAAUAUAAAUACUCUAAAGAAAAGAUUUGAAAUACACAAUAAAGGUUGUAUUCCUAUAAUAAAUUUAUUUUUAAGCGAAAACAAAUGCAUUUUUAUUAAUGCAAAUAAGACUAUUGAAGGUGUGUGGGCCGAUAUAAAAUAUGUUUUUGAAAAUAUGUAA